UAUAUACCUCCAAUUUGAGCCAACGUAGAGCAGUACUCGUUACAAUGUUAAGAAAUUAAAUUCAAAUGGUACGUGUUCGUAAUUUUAUUCAGUGUAUAGCGAGUACGAAAAUGAUAAUAAUUUUGGGAACUGCCCUGAGCGUCGGAGUCGUCGCAGCUUGUACAGUGCCUUGGUUUUAUUGGAAUAAAUCAAGAAGGAGGAGCAAUAAUGAACAUUCUGCUGGAUCGGAAAAUGGACAGGAUCACGGAUCGGUAAAUUCAUCGAUUCCUGAAGGAAUUGACACUCGACGCUUAUCUGGAUCAGCAGAUUCUUAUCAAUCAUCUCAAAUAGAAAUCAAGAUAAGCGGCAUCAGUCGUGAACAAUUUUUAAGAAACCUGAUGUCAUCUGGAGCAACGCAGGAAAACGAGGCUUUGCGCUAUGCCGAAGUACCAGAAAAUAGAGUAAUUUCCGUACCGGAAAUUGCAUCAGUUCAGACAACGCAAUCUACAAUGGGAAGACAUACUGUAUCUGAAGGCUCUGAAAUUAAACCAGAUAUUCAAAAUACAGAUAAUUCAUGUAAAUCACCGAUUAAAAUAAUGCAAUGCCAAACAAAUAUGGAUGAUCAACCAGGUCCGUCGUCUUCCGGUUUGCACAAAACCUCCGAAACGGAAGUGACGAGAUCAUUGGACUUACCGAAAGAACGACUGAUUGAGCCGACGAAAAGUACAGCCUCCCAGUACCAAACGGCUCCAUCGUUCGUUAAUGCGGUCAAUGAAUCUAUACGAAGUGAUACAGGGACUCCUGGCGCAACGAAAAGCACAGACAGGAAAUACUUAUCAAAUAUAUCGAAUAAAUUGAAAACUAUGUGGAUUAAUGUAAAGCGAAAAAGAUCGUCAGAUAGAUCGUUAGAAAUGGAACCUGCUAAUAAAGAAAAUUUAGAAAACAAUCAUCCAACCAGUCAUUCGACGUUGCUGGAAAAGAGUAAAGAAGAGUCUCAACAACUUCAGAACGAGGUCCUGCGUGGAGUUGCUGCAAUCUUAGCGCGUAGUCGAGAGCGCCUUGACGAUGAUUAUAACGAGCCUACAAUGAUUAUCAAGAUAAGUGGACUGGAUCGUGGGGCUUUACAUGAUUUUGUGAAUAACACAAAUUUUGGAAAUCGCCAUGCAUCCUCUUGUAAAUCCGAGCAAUCUAACCUGUCCUUAAACUUAGAGAUGGAUGAGUGGGAAUCGGAUAGUAUUGAUGAAGACAAUGAUAAUCAUGCCAGAAAUGAUUAUCCUGAAACUGAUACACCGACAGUUGAUAAGCGUUCUAGAGUUCGUCAUCACAGUAGUUUACCUAUAAAAUCCAAAAGGAAUCAUUCAAAUAGUCUUAUGUCUUUUCGACCACCGAAAAGAAUGACUAAAACUUUGGAAUCGUCGAGAUUAAAUUUAGGCGACGGAGAUGAUCGAUUGAAUAUGACAAUUAAUGAGAAUGACGAUUCUGCUAUUAAUGGAUAUUCAUCGAUUGAUCCAUCGUCAAGAACAUCUUAUAUGUCAUUACCUAAUACAGUAAAUGAAAAUACGUCCGAUGACUGUAAUCAGUUACAGCAAGCACGUAAAGGCAGUAGAGGAGACUUUUUUGAAUCAGUCAGUAAAGUAAUGGAUCGUUUAUCAAAUUGGUGAUUAGAAUGAUUUAUAACUGAUCGAUUGAUAAUAACAAUCAACUGUGAUCAUCAGAACAUACCUUAUAAGCUCUAUAAACGAAAUUCCAAUAAGGAUGCAGUGAUUAAAUCACAUCCUUUAUUAACUGCCAAAUCACUUAUUUUACUACACGUUAGCACCUAUAUAUUAUUUAAAAUAAAGAAUACGACUACUUUAAGUAUUUUAGUAAUUGAGUAUAUAAAAUAAAAAGUUUGUAAUUUUGUAAAUAUAUACAUUUGUAAUACAAAAAUUAAUUAUAUAUUAAUCGCAGAAAUAAUCAAUUUGAUCAACUUUGAUUUUAACACUGUCUAACACACAAUAAAUUAUUUACAAUAUAUAUAUAUGUCAGAAUUUCUAAUGCUUGGAACGAAUACUGACGUAAUAAAGAUAUUUUUAAAAAUCCAAUUUCCAGAAUUCUAUGAAUUUGACUUGUCAGAUGAAUUUUCACUUCUGUGUUUGUUCCGCACAAAUAUCACUCGUAAAACCAGUAUCCAACGUGCUACAUCAAAAUUCUCAAAAUUGUCAUUUUUGUUCAUGGUCCAUCAGAGCGUCUGACAUAAUUUGUAUAUUGUACAUAUUAUUCAAAUCUAUAUUUAGAUCAUAACCCUGGACAAGACAUUUUUUGCUUCCAUGAUACCAGACUAUCACCACGAACUACGACAAUUCUUAUUCAACGUGACGUAUGAGCAAGAAUAUAACAAUAAUAUAAAAUAAUCACACGCCAAACCCAAAUAUCCUUGCGAAUAUCUCUUAAUGCUUUUUAUAUCGACAAAUACUGACGUCAGCAUCAGGACCACUACACGAGAUGAAUACAAAUAUAGAUCAUCGAUUAAGAUCAUAAUGUCCGUUUGGAAAUUCCAUUGAAUAAAUUAUCUAGAUAUUCAUACGACCGAUCGCAACCUUAUUUUUGUUUAUUUUGGUACACCCGUAGGAAAAACUCCCAUUGCCUGUGGUGUUUUGUCAAACGUUAUGGUUACUCAUUGAUAUCCAUUGAUUUACUACACGCGGGU